ACAGAGACAACGACGGACUUCCGCUUAGGACUCCCAAAUCGCGGGCUAAAGCGUCGCGAGAACGAGCCAGCUUCCUCUUCGCACGGAAACCUUCCAAGAUGUCUCUCGUCAUCCCAGAGAAGUUCCAGCACAUUCUUCGUGUUCUCAACACGAAUAUCGAUGGCAGGAGGAAGAUCGCCUUCGCCAUCACGGCCAUCAAGGGUGUAGGCCGGCGCUACGCCCACGUGGUCCUGAGGAAGGCUGACAUCGACCUCACCAAGAGAGCUGGAGAGCUGACGGAGGAGGAGGUGGAGAGGGUGGUGACCAUCAUGCAGAAUCCUCGCCAGUACAAAAUCCCAGACUGGUUCCUCAACAGACAGAAAGACAUCAAGGACGGCAAAUACAGCCAGGUUCUUGCCAACGGUCUGGACAACAAGCUGAGAGAGGACCUUGAGAGGCUGAAGAAGAUCAGGGCUCACCGCGGGCUCCGACACUUCUGGGGGCUCCGUGUGCGUGGCCAGCACACCAAGACCACGGGGCGCCGUGGACGUACCGUGGGUGUGUCCAAGAAGAAGUAACAUGCCUGCCUCCCUGUUUUGUGUCAAUAAAGAUGUCACAGUUCAAAAAGAA